ACGCGCAAGGAAUACGAGAACACGACGUGACGUCAGGCGUCGUCUUUAAGCAUGUCCCAGGCGGUGGACGCGCGUCGGAGCCGCUGCGGAGAACUUUGGAGCAGACGCCACGCAAGCUGGAGGAAGCGCCGUGGCUUUGGGACGACAUGUUUUGGGAAACUUUGAAGAAGAAUGCUUCUUUUGAGUGCGGGACAUUCAGUCCCCAGCGCGGAUUGUGUGGAUUAUUAUGCGUGUGGUCGUACACAGGGAGUAUCGCGCGAAUCACACGCGACUGCAGCUCGCAUUUAAAAGUGCAGGAGCACUGGGUUCUCCUUCGAGCACAUUUAAACUAAACCGCUUUUCCUAGCGCAUUGCGAGCGCGCAAGACUACGUGAGUUAAAGUGCUUUCAACAAACGUGUCACUUUGGAAUUGGAAAGGUUGAUUUCAUCCAGCUGGCAGAAUGAGAUUUAAGUUGAGGAGUCACCGCCGCGCGCUCGGAGUUUACUCCGAGGGGAAAAUGUGGCGCGCGAGAAUCAAGGAGCAACUCGAAGGCUAAAACCAUGCUGCGCUUUACCCCAUGGAGAAAUGGCCAAUAGGGUUCUGUCCAGCCGCGCGGCCCCGUCCUCCAGCUCCAAGUUCAGCAGCAGGUUCAUGUUCAUCUUCACGCUCUCACUGUCCUUCACGUACGUGUGCUACAGCGUGCUGUUCUGCUCGGCUCCAGUCAUGCCGAGCAGCCGGUUUGAGGAGCGGCGGUGCGCGCGCGGAGACAGCGCCAACGCCAAGAAGCUGCUGCAGAGGUCAGCUGCGUGCGCGGAGGCACGGAACUCGAGCCGAAGUGAACUCAAAGCAACGGCGGCUCCACUGCGUCUAGCUCCGAACAGGAGCGAGCUGUCGGGCACGCGGAGCUCGCGUGCGCGCGGUGCCGACACGGCGCGCUCUAAACCGGCCAAUGUUUCCACAGUUAGCGCGAGCGCGCAGCGGUACGGCAACAAGAAGCUGCCCAACGCGCUGAUCGUGGGCGUGAAGAAGGGCGGCACGCGCGCCGUUCUGGAGUUCAUCCGCAUCCACCCGGAUGUGCGCGCCCUCGGCACCGAGCCGCACUUCUUCGACCGGAACUACGACAAAGGCAUGGACUGGUACAGAGGCCUAAUGCCACGAACACUGGACAGUCAAAUCACCAUGGAGAAAACACCCAGCUACUAUGUAACGCGUGAGGCUCCACGCCGCAUCGCCAGUAUGUCCCAAGACACCAAACUCAUUGUGGUGGUGCGAAAUCCAGUAACACGAGCCAUCUCUGACUACACACAGACACUGUCCAAAAAGCCAGACAUCCCCAGCUUUGAGGAGCUUGCCUUCAAGAACAAGAGCCAGGGUUUGGUGGACACCUCGUGGAACGCCAUCCGCAUAGGCAUGUACAUACUGCACCUAGAGAACUGGCUGCAGUACUUCCGGAUCUCACAGAUCCACUUUGUGAGCGGCGAACGGCUCAUCACUGACCCGGCUGGUGAACUGGGCCGCGUGCAGGAUUUUCUGGGACUUAAACGCAUCAUCACAGACAAGCACUUCUAUUUCAACCGAACGAAAGGCUUCCCCUGUUUGAAGAAGCCUGAGAGCAGCAGCACUCCUCGGUGCCUUGGCAAGUCCAAGGGCAGGACACAUGUUCAAAUCGACCAGGAGGUCAUCGAGCAGUUGCGUGACUUUUAUAGGCCUUUCAAUGUGAAGUUUUAUGAAAUGGUAGGACAUGACUUCAGAUGGGACUGAAGUGGUAAACUUUCUUAAAUGAUGAAUGAGUCAUUGGAUCAGAUCUGUCAGUCAGAUAAGGCCAUUGACAGAAGAAGUGAAUGAAAACAGAAAACCUCAAAGGACACCUUAAACAAAUGAAGACCAAAUGCUCUUAAGAUAUUAUACUAGCUUAUAAGCUUAUUGAAUGAUUCUACACAGGCAAAAUCCAUAGCUAUUCCUACUGUAGCUCAGGACACUGUGCCAUCCACUUGAAAUCCUUUACGACAUUUAGGAUUGACACUUGCUCAAUAAAUCAAGAGAAUAACUGGGAAGCUGUCAUUCGGUUUCAAAGUACUUGUCAUGCACAGCACUGUGUCUGUUUACUGUCCUCUUGUUACUAUUUAAAAUACAAAAAGCGUGUCAUCUUGCUAUGAAACUGAAACCCAUACAGCGUACAACUGCAGUGUGUUAUUAA